GGUCGACCGGGACUCCACCACCAGCUGUCCUGGGCUCCCUCCUCGGGCCUGGCCCAUUCAAGCCGCGGUAGAAUCGCGGGCACCCGGGUCCGCCCUCCACCCCGGCUAGGCACCGGGGCAGGGAGGACUAUGGCCCGCCUCUUCAGUCCCCGGCCGCCCCCCAGCGAAGAUCUCUUCUACGAGACCUACUACAGCCUGAGCCAGCAGUACCCACUGCUGCUGCUGCUGCUGGUGAUUGUGCUCUGCGCGCUCCUGGCGAUGCUGGCUGUCGCGUCAGCCAGCGGCAGGGAUCUAGUUUCAGACCCGGGCUUCCUGACCACUGUGCUGUGUGCACUGGGUGGCUUCUCGCUUCUCCUGGGCCUGGCUUCCCGUGAGCAACGACUGCAGCGCUGGACACGUCCCCUAUCGGUCCUCGUGUGGGCAGCGCUACUUGGGCUAGGCCACGGCUUCCUGUUCACUGGGGGCCUGGUGAGCGCCUGGGACCAGGUGUCCUUUUUUCUCUUCAUCAUCUUCACGGUGUAUGCCAUGUUGCCCUUGGGCAUGCGGGAUGCCACAGCUGCGGGCCUUGCCUCAUCACUGUCCCACCUGCUGGUCCUUGGGCUGUACCUUGGGCCUCAGCCGGACUCCCGGCCGCCGCUGCUGCCCCAGCUGGCAGCAAACGCCGUGUUGUUCUUGUGCGGGAACGUGGCUGGAGCCUAUCACAAGGCACUGAUGGAGCGCGCGCUCCGCGCCACGUUCCGGGAGGCCCUUCGGUCCCUCCACUCGCGCCGGAGGCUGGACACUGAGAAGAAGCACCAGGAACACCUACUCUUGUCCAUCCUUCCUGCCUACUUGGCCCGAGAGAUGAAGGCAGAGAUCAUGGCACGGCUUCAGGCUGGACAGGGGUCACGGCCAGAGAGCACCAACAACUUCCACAGCCUCUAUGUCAAGAGGCACCAGGGAGUCAGUGUGCUGUAUGCUGACAUCGUGGGCUUCACACGGCUGGCCAGUGAGUGCUCCCCUAAGGAGUUGGUGCUCAUGCUCAACGAGCUCUUUGGCAAGUUCGACCAGAUUGCCAAGGAGCAUGAAUGCAUGCGGAUCAAGAUUCUGGGAGACUGUUACUACUGUGUCUCUGGGCUCCCACUUUCCCUGCCCGACCACGCCAUCAACUGCGUGCGCAUGGGACUGGACAUGUGCCGGGCCAUCAGGAAACUCCGCGCAGCCACUGGCGUGGACAUCAACAUGCGUGUGGGCGUGCAUUCGGGCAGCGUGCUCUGUGGAGUCAUCGGGCUGCAGAAGUGGCAGUAUGACGUCUGGUCCCAUGAUGUCACGCUGGCUAACCACAUGGAGGCGGGUGGCGUGCCAGGACGAGUGCAUAUUACAGGGGCUACCCUGGCCUUGCUAGCAGGGGCCUACGCUGUGGAGGAUGUAUCCAUGGAACACCGGGACCCAUAUCUUCGGGAGCUAGGGGAGCCCACCUACCUCGUCAUCGAUCCCCGGGCUGAGGAGGAGGAUGAGAAGGGCACUGCAGGAGGGCUGCUGUCCUCUCUCGAGGGCCCCAAGAUGCGUCCAUCACUGUUGAUGACGCGCUACCUGGAGUCCUGGGGCGCGGCCAAGCCUUUUGCCCACCUGAGCCACCUAGAGAGCCCUGUGUCCACCUCUACCCCUCUCCCGGAGAAGGCCCUUGCCUCCUUCAGCCCCCAGUGGAGCCUGGACCGGAGCCGUACCCCCCGGGGACUAGAUGAAGACCUGGAUACUGGGGAUGCCAAGUUCUUCCAAGUCAUCGAACAGCUCAACUCUCAGAAACAAUGGAAGCAGUCAAAGGACUUCAGCCCACUGACACUGUACUUCAGAGAGAAGGAGCUGGAGAAAGAGUAUCGACUCUCUGCCCUCCCCGCCUUCAAAUACUAUGCAGCCUGCACCUUCCUGGUCUUCCUCUCCAAUUUCAUCAUCCAGAUGCUGGUGACCAACAGGCCCCCAGCUCUGGCCAUCACCUAUAGCAUCACCUUCCUUCUCUUCCUCCUCCUCCUCUUCGUCUGCUUCUCAGAGCACCUGACGGUGAGGUGGGCUGGGGGGGUGGAAGUGGUGAGCUGGGCCGGGGGGGUGGAAGUGGUGAGCUGGGCCCUUACCACGACCUGGCCUGAGGUGGGGUACCCCAGCCACAUGGCUAAGGUUCUUGUGCUCCUUCCACAGAAGUGUGUCUUGAAAGGCCCCAAGAUGCUACACUGGCUUCCCACACUGUCUGGCUUGGUGGCCACCCGGCCCGGACUGCGAGUUGCCCUGGGCACUGCCACCAUCCUCCUCGUUUUUGUUAUGGCUAUUACCAGCCUGUUCUUCCUACCGGCAGCAUCAAACUGCCCUUCCCGGGCUCCCAAUGUGUCCUCCGUGGCUUUCAACCUCUCCUGGGAGCUCCCUGGGUCUCUGCCUCUCAUCAGUGUCCCGUACUCUAUGCACUGCUGCGUGCUGGGGUUCCUGUCCUGCUCCCUCUUUCUGCACAUGAGCUUUGAGCUGAAGUUGCUGCUGCUCCUGCUGUGGCUGGGGGCCUCCUGCUCCCUCUUCCUGCACUCCCAUGCCUGGUUGUCCGACUGCCUUAUCGCCCGCCUCUAUCCAGAUCCCUUGGACUCCAGGCCAGGGGUGCUGAAGGAGCCCAAACUCAUGGGAGCUGUCUCCUUCUUCAUCUUCUUCUUCACCCUCCUUGUCCUGGCUCGGCAGAACGAGUAUUACUGCCGCCUGGAUUUUCUGUGGAAGAAGAAGCUGCGGCAGGAGCAGGAGGAGACAGAAACAAUGGAGAACCUGACUCGGCUGCUGCUAGAGAAUGUGCUCCCCGCACACGUGGCCCCCCAGUUCAUCGGCCAGAACCGGCGCAAUGAGGACCUCUACCACCAAUCCUACGAGUGUGUCUGUGUCCUGUUCGCCUCAGUUCCAGACUUCAAGGAAUUUUACUCUGAAUCCAACAUCAACCACGAGGGUCUAGAGUGUCUGCGGCUGCUCAAUGAGAUCAUUGCAGAUUUUGAUGAGCUGCUCUCAAAGCCCAAGUUUAGUGGGGUGGAGAAGAUCAAAACCAUCGGCAGCACCUACAUGGCAGCCACAGGCUUAAAUGCCACCUCUGGACAGGACACACAGCAGGAUGCUGAGCGAAGCUGCAGCCACCUGGGCACCAUGGUGGAGUUUGCAGUGGCCCUUGGAUCAAAGCUGGAUGUCAUCAAUAAGCACUCAUUCAACAACUUCCGCCUGCGUGUGGGGUUGAACCAUGGACCUGUAGUUGCUGGAGUGAUUGGGGCCCAGAAGCCUCAGUAUGACAUCUGGGGCAACACGGUGAACGUUGCAAGCCGCAUGGAGAGUACAGGAGUCCUGGGCAAGAUCCAAGUGACUGAAGAGACAGCCCGGGUGUUGCAGUCCUUAGGCUAUACGUGCUACAGCCGGGGCAUCAUCAAGGUCAAAGGCAAAGGGCAGCUCUGCACCUACUUCCUGAACACAGAUUUGACACGAACUGGCCCUCCCUCAGCCACCCUAGCCUGAGACCCCCACCCAUCCUCUCUAUUCUAAGAUCUUCAAUAAAAAGACUCCGGGGGCA